AUGACGGCAAACUACUCCAGCUACCGCACCGAUCGACUGACAGCGGGCGGAGCGACAGCCGUUAACGUCCGCAAUGGCAUUUGUCAUCAUGUGAUACAACUUCCACCGCUGGCAACGCUGGAGGCCACUGGUGUCGUCGUUCACGCCUCGGCGGACGCCAUCACGUUCGUCGCUGCCUCUCGACCGCCGUCUCGUCCACUGGACCCUGCUGACAUCGAUGCUCUGCUUUCCUUGAGGGGGCAGGUGUUCGUCACCGGGGACUUCAAUAGUAAACAUGUCUCCUGGAACUCCAGGAUCACCAAUGCCGCUGGACGCUGCCUGCUCCGGGUAGCGGAACGUCACCACGCGCUUGGGGUGGGGCCAUACGACCCGACAAUCUUCCCUGCCGGUGGCCUCCCGGAUAUAAUCGCGGUCGUCAAGGGCGUCCCUCAUCAGAUAACUGCCACGACGAGGACGGCACUGUCUUCUGAUAAUGUCCCAGUGGUUUUUGAUAUAGACCUAGACGCCCUACAACAACCCAGGAGAGACAUCUCACUUGCUGGCAUCGACUGGGACAGGUUUCAAGCAGCCGUGACGGACUCACUCGCCGCCGCGACGCCCCCUGUGGAAGCUGGAGCGGACGCAGCACUUCUGCACUUCGCGGCAACCACGAACGACGCCGCCAACAUAGCAACGCCGCCCCGACCACGCACUCCGCCUGACUAUUCCCGACAGCUGCCACCGGACAUCCUUGCGGCCAUCACUGAGAAGAGCCGGCUCUAUCGGGAGUGGCAGAGGACAAGAAAUGACGACACCAAGCGCCUCCUCAACAGGAUGCGUCGGGACAUCCGGGCCGCCAUUGACGACCGUCGCCAUCGCGACUGGACUAACAAGGUCGCCACCCUCUGUCUUGACGACAGCUCGGCCCGGCGGACGACGAAGCGUUUCCUACGCCGCACGCAACGUAUCCCUCCGCUGAUGGUCCACGGUCAGGCUGUCUGCGAACCAGCUGCGAAGGCUGAUGCCCUCGCAGACGUCUUUGAGGCUGCGUUUACACCGAUAGAAGACCCGACCGACGCUGUCCACGACGACCUGGUUGCUGAGCGGCUCCCGCACUACUUCUAG